CUUUGAGUUGCAAGAAAAACAAGGACACACUUUGACCAAUCAGGGACUUGAGUUUGUAGUGGUGUAUUGAUUUGGCUUAUCUGGCCAACCCAGACAUGGCAACAACCCUGUCAGCGUCUGUAUUUGUUUUUCAAGUAUAGAUAAGCAAAGACCAUUCUUCUGAAAUGACGGUAACCCAUAUCAGUCAUUGCAAGGAUGAACCAAACUGUUUCCAUUUCUUGCCCAAAUCAUGAAAUCUGCACCAUUUCAACAUUUGUCACCAAGCCUUCUCCAACUGUGCGCUAGUAAACAGUUGAAAAAGGAAAAGACGACGCCCCUCCAUUCUUGUCCAGUGUCCAAUGUAGAUUGAGACUUUUCCAUGAAAUUAAUCUAGAAAUGAAAGGUUGUUUAGAAGCAGGGGUCAAGACAUUAAGAUUAUGUUGAUACCCCUUCAACCACAAGAAGCCAAUUAAUACAUGUGAAAGGUAUUUGAAACCAGGAGCUGCAGCUUCUUUAAACUGCUAAAUAUAAUAUAAGCAAGUAACAUAAACACGCAGAUGAUUUUGGCACUGACACAAUCCAAUUAAAGUCAGUCACACUUUGAUAAGCAGAUGUUUUCGGGAUACAGACUGGUAAAUUUGUUUAUGCCUUAAAAAAAAAAAAAAAAAAGUAACAUCCCUAAAACUAAAUGAUAAUCUUCAGUCAGGAAAUGCUCAAAGGAGGUCUAAAAAAGUAGCAAAAAGCAACAUAGCACAUUGAAAAGGAAAAGCAUGGAAUAAAAAAUAGUCAAUUUUAAUUUGUUCAAAAUCUGUGCAAAUUACAAUAUAAUUUGUUCUUCAGGUAGGUGUUUUGUCAGUUUCCUAAACUUGUCAGGCACGUGGGGAGAAAAGUCACACGAAGAAUGGUCAGUUUUGUUUCCUCCUACAACGUUGCUCUAGAGAAGACGCUAUAAAACACAUCCCUCUAUCCUCCAUGACAGCCGUCUGCCACAGGCACAGCUCUAACAUGAGAUCAAUCACUUUAGUCCUCUUGGCUCUUCUCACCCAGACUGUGUCAUCUGGCUCAUGGUUCUACUUGGACCAGCAUUCUGAGCUUGGUGUGAUUGUUCCUAGAAAGCUUAAAAGGGCAACAGUUCAAAAUUCUGUCAGUCGUGACAGUGACAAAACAAAAGAAACACUCAUUUGUCAUGGCUUAUCUUUGAAUUUGAAUGGAUGUGUGAACACGUCUCAGACAGAGAAAGAUCCGGAAGAAAAGAAGGAAGAAUACAGAUAUGUUGAUAAGCAUGAAGUCAAACCACAUGUGUCAUAUUCACCUACUGAUGGGCCAAACUCCAUUCUCCUUGUGACUGAGAUCGACUCAUAUAAUCUAAGAACAUCGUUAAAUUACAACCAUGUCUGCUCAAUGUCUGCUCUCCUGAAAUCUGGGACUCACCGCUCCAACAUUAUUGCUCUUAUUCUGGUGCAGCAGUGGAAAACAUCCCUUCAACUUAGUGUUUGUAAGACGCCUUCCAUGUUCUAUUCAACACGCUGCUCUAAUGACGCAUUUAUUACACAUCCAGAUAAAAUCAAUGAAUCAAAGCAAAGCCGUUCUUCUCUUCAUAGUAAAUGUGUUGCACUUAUCCUGGGAGCCACUCUGCUACUUGUUAUCUGCACAAUAGCACUGAUAGCACUCAGCAAAGUCAUCCCUGUUUGUUUGAGCCACUUGACAGUAGUGAUGCUCUUUACCCUGACAAUGCACUGCUUUUUGCCAUCGGUCGCUGUUCACCAUCUGUCAGAAAGGUCAUUAUUAGCCUCUCUGGUUUGGGGCCUCGGGAGAGCUGUGUAUGCGGCUGUUGCAGGCAGAGUUGUGAUUAAUAUCAUGAAAAUAUGUCAUCUGACACAGCAGCAAACAAGAGCUCUGUCAGUUCUACUGUUCUUCUUCAGCAUGAUUUACAACUUUCUUUCUGGAAAUAAAAACAGGAAACACUGGUCCUCUAACAUGCAUUUGGAGGGGGUGGGAUCAGCGUUGGGAUAUUUUGAACAGACUGAGCUUCUGGCUUUGUUUUACUGGGUGUUUGUCUCCUUUCCUCCUUUGCUGCAAACUAUUCAAACUAAGAUGAACCGACUGAGAGUCCUCUUUCAUCUGCAGCUGGUGACAUGCCUGCAGAAUUCACGGAUAGCAAAAAAGUAUGAACUGGUUGUUGAGGUCAGUGGAAUGAUUUGAAGUUAUUCGUCAAAACUCCUUUUAACUGAUGCAAAUUCUCAGACUCAGAAAAAUGUGAAAAAAAUAUGUAAAAGAAAAA